ACAGUUCCGUAAUCAAUGGUUGGUUGGUCGCCCAGUGCACUCCCAAAACUACUAAAUUGCUAUCUUUAAACCAAAUUCUAAAAUUUUAUAUUAUUUGUCAUAAUUAGUUAUUGUAUAUAAAGAUAUUUAAACAUGACGGAGCAGCAAAUGGAUUGUGCUCUAGAUUUGAUGCGGAGACUGCCGCCUCAACAGAUUGAAAAGAAUUUGACCGAUUUGAUCGACCUAGUUCCAAGCUUGUGUGAGGAUUUGUUAUCAUCCGUGGACCAACCCUUAAAGAUAGCACAGGACCGUAGCAAUGGAAAAGAUUAUUUACUUUGUGAUUAUAAUCGAGACGGGGAUUCAUACAGAUCACCGUGGUCCAAUACAUAUGAUCCACCACUUGAAGAUGGGUCAAUGCCCUCUGAGAGAUUAAGAAAGUUAGAAAUAGAAGCUAAUCAUGCUUUUGACCAAUACAGAGAAAUGUAUUUUGAGGGUGGUGUAAGUUCUGUGUAUUUGUGGGACAUGGAUCAUGGAUUUGCUGGUGUGAUAUUAAUAAAGAAGGCCGGUGAUGGCUCUCAAAAGAUCAAGGGUUGCUGGGACUCAAUCCAUGUUGUGGAGGUGUUAGAGAAAAGUUCAGGACGUAAUGCUCAUUAUAAAUUGACAUCAACUGCCAUGCUAUGGCUGCAAACCAAUAAAGAAGGCAGUGGGACUAUGAAUCUUGGGGGAAGUCUAACUAGACAGGCUGAGCAAGAUACUGCCGUUAGUGACGUGACACCACAUAUUGCCAACAUUGGUAGAAUGGUAGAAGACAUGGAGAACAAAAUACGCAACACACUGAAUGAUAUUUAUUUUGGUAAAACGAAAGAUAUAGUAAACGGUUUGCGUUCAACUGUACCAGCUAAUGUGGCUCGGCAGAAAGCCGCCCUGCAACACGAUCUUGCUGAAGCUCUACUUCAACGACGUCAAUUGACACGUGCUGACUGAGACGAAGUUGAAAAAGAUUUUGGGUGAAAUCUAACAACGAUCUUAGAAGAUGGAAAUAUUACUAAUUAUUAGUGAACUAUAUAGAUUUAAAUAAUUAAGUAUUAAAAUUAUUAAAUUUAGGCAUCCAGGAAGGUGCUUUCAGAUUAAACUAACAUUCAGGCAUAGAACUCCUAUGUAAAUAACACAAAUUAGUUUUUUAUGUACUCGAUUUAUUACUUCAAAGAUUGAACAUUUGCAUUUCUUCAUUUUAUUGAUGGUCUGAUUUUAUCCAUAUUUUCAACUGUAUUUUUUAUAUUUUAUAGCUAAGUUAUUCCCUACCCUGCUUGUAUCUUUAUCUAUACUGUCAAAGCAUUUGUAAUCUUAUUGCAAUAGAUUUAAUUGGCCUCUCUAAAUAAAGAUAUAUUUAUCUGA